UUGGUGUUCGUCAGUUUGAGAAAUGACAGACAGAAUGGAGGUGAGAGGCAUCCCUCCGCCACCGCCGCCCCUCGCAAUACAGGAGACCAGCUUUGCCAAUGCCAACGGCACCACCGUGAUGCCCCGCAAGAGGUCACUGGCUCAGAUGACCCGCGAGGCCCUGCCCCGCAUGGACCACUAUCGUAACCUGAUGUCCGUUGCCGCGGUCCAAAGACCCACUUUUGGAGAACUGUAUGAAGGGAAUGACGAUGAUAAGGAGCCACUUCCGGAACCAGAACACGCAGGUCACGGCCACGUCAAGUUGGGAUGGAUUCAAGGCGUGCUUUUGUCUGUGUCUCUCAACAUUUGGGGUGUAAUGCUUUUCCUCCGCGUCUCUUGGGUCGUCGGGCAAGCCGGGAUUGGUCUUGCUCUAGUUAUCAUCGCGUUUGCCGCGUUUGUUUGCACGGUCACCACUCUGUCACUGUCCGCGAUCAGCACAAACGGCACAAUCAAAGGAGGUGGAAUUUACUACAUCAUCUCUCGUUCCCUGGGGCCUGAAUUCGGCGCGUCCGUCGGCCUGGUUUUCGCGUUCGCCAACACGGUGUCGGCCUCGAUGAACACGAUCGGCUUCUGCGACUCGCUGAACAGUUUGCUCAAAUCGCAAGGCUACAAGAUCAUCGACAACUCUGUCAAUGAUAGCAGGAUCAUCGGCACGGCAACUUUGAUCGUUUUGAUCGUCAUUUGCGCCGUUGGAAUGGACUACGAAAUUAUUGCACAAGACGUUUUUGCCGUUGUAAUUGUCGGGGCCAUUAUUGAUUACUGCGUCGGAGUCUUUAUGGGACCUCAGAACCAAAUACAAAUCGCUCAAGGGUUCGUUGGUUUAAAUUCCUCUGUUUACGCGCAAAAUAUAGGACCCGGUUUUCGAUUUAGUGAAGGAAUUAACCAAAAUUUCUUCACCGUUUUUUCUAUUUUCUUCACGUCGGUAACUGGUGUGCAAGCUGGCGCCAAUAUUUCAGGCGAUCUUAAGGACCCUGAAAGUGCCAUCCCCAAAGGCACCCUGCUGGCCAUCUUGAUAACAAUGCUAUCGUACGUGCUGUUCGUGCUUCUGGUAGGCGGCGGACAGCUGAGGGAAACCAGCGGGAUCGUCGCCGAGAUUGCCAACGGCACGUUUGCUGAUUGCUCAAACAGAACUUGCUCUUACGGCCUUUACAAUGACUACACAGUUAUGCAGUUGAUGUCGGCAUGGGGACCGUUCAUUUACGCCGGUUGUUUCGCAGCAACGUUAUCUACCGCCAUGACAAAUUUGCUGUCAGUUCCGAGGAUAAUCCAAGCGUUAGGCAACGACGGAAUCUAUCCAGGCAUUGUUUGGUUCGGGAAGCCCUACGGCGACAAGGGGGAACCCUUCCGAGCCUACGCUCUCACACUGCUCGUUGCAGAGGCUUUUGUUUUGAUCGCUGACCUAAACUCCAUCGCGAAUUUGGUGUCUAAUUUCUACCUGGCGGCAUAUGCUUUUAUCAAUUUCUGCACGUUUCAUGCUGCUUUUGUGAAACCCUUGGGAUGGAGGCCAACCUUUACAUUCUACAACAAAUGGCUGAGUCUGAUUAUGACCUUCAUUUGCAUUAUUCUCAUGUUCAUGAUCGACUGGAUCAUGGCCGUGAUCACCGUCAGCAUCAUCGCCGUUCUCUACUUCUUCGUUGUCUACCGAAAACCAGACGUGAACUGGGGAGCUUCGACCCAGGCCCAGACGUACAACACAACUUUGAGUGCUGUCCAGUCGCUGAACAACAUUGGGGAACACGUCAAAAACUACCGUCCACAGAUUUUGGUUCUCGCGGGACUACCGACCACUCGCCCGGCACUGCUGGAUUUCGCAAAUUUAAUCACCAAGCGUUCGUCGCUUUUGAUGUGCGGAUGCGUUUCGCCCCGCCCGCUCUCGAGCAAAGAGCGAAAUACGUGCAUUAGUACAGCGACCCAGUUUUUCAAGGAGCGCAAAAUGCGUGCCUUUUUCUCGCUGGUCGACAACCUGUCCGUCGAGGCCGGCACCAGGGCCCUCCUGCAAGCGAGUGGCAUUGGAAAAUUAAAGCCGAACAUCCUGCUCAUGGGCUACAAGUCUGAAUGGCAAGAAUGCACGCCGGAAGAGGUGGUCGAAUACUUUGACAUUUUGCACGACGCCUUCACAAAUCGCGUGGCUAUCGCAAUAAUUCGCAUGCGAGGUGGUUUGGACAGCGGACAGGGUCCGUUGAAAGCUACGAGCACCCAAACCUUGCCCAGGGUCGACUCGGACGGCAGCUUCCUCAAUAUGGGAUUCAACGACGCUAGUGAGGUUCCAGAUAGUCCAGCACUGAACAGGUAUUCAAUGAACACGCAUCUCACCCCGGACAUUCCUGCAGGAAAGGGUCACAAGAGUCCGGCCACGAGCUACAUCAAUAUGUACAGGACUAUGGAUGAAUCGCCAAAUGUUGCACCGUCCGUUGUGGCUCUGGAAAAUAUUUUCCAGAGAAAACAAAAGAAGGGCACUAUCGACAUUUGGUGGCUUUACGACGACGGAGGGUUAACCCUUUUGUUGCCGUACAUCAUUUCAACUCGAAAGAAGUGGGCCGGCUCCAAGCUGCGAAUUUUCACGCUGAUCGACAAGAUGGACGAAAUGCAAAUCGAAGAGAGAAAUAUGGCAAGUCUUCUGGCCAAAUUCCGCAUUGACUACUCCAACCUGACCAUGGUGCACGACGUGGGUGAGAAACCGCAUCCAAAAACAGUGCGGUACUUCCAGGACAUCAUCAGACCGUUCAAGGAGGAAAAUAGCCCCACCAGCUCCAGAGACCAGAAAUAUUUCAUUUCCGACUCGGAAUUGUCGCUCAUGCAAGGCAAAACCGAACGGCAGAUGCGUCUGCGGGAGCUACUCCAGCAGCAUUCUCGCGAUUCCAACUUGGUCGUGAUGACAAUGCCCAUGCCGCGAAAAGGAGUUGUCUCAGCGCCACUCUACAUGUCGUGGCUGGAAAUUCUCACCAAGGAUAUGCCACCGUUCCUGCUGGUCAGAGGCAACCAAUCCUCAGUUAUUAGCUUCUACGCGUAGAUCGUGUGAAAAUAGAAUAAAUCGAGUACUGUUCAAAAUUUAAGGAGAAAUAGUACAAAUAAAUGUUUAAUGUCUUGUAAGAGCGGCCGUGUGUUUAGACGAAUAGCACUCACGGAAUGAUUGUCACUUAUCCAGUCAGAGCCCGUGCAAUAAAUCUCCAUUCACGGA